AUGGAACGGCGUGUAGCCAAUGUUCCCGAUCCAAAUCCCGAUGUGUCGCUACCAACGGCGGAGAAUCAUGUGAGAGGUUGGAUUUCCAAGGACGGCCCCCAACAACAGGUGAAUGCAGCCCCGGCUCACGAUGAGGGUGCUUCCUCUCGACCCCCAGAACCGCCAUUUCCACCCGGCAGCUACAAAGAGCGCUCAUCCGCUGCCACACUCGCAUUUGUGCUUGACGGUCAAGAAAUCUUGAGAGACUUUUGUACCCUUAAGCAGGCUCAUCUUCCUUUUUUGACGCUUGACCCUGAAUCCUCUGCCGCCACGUUACGGGACGAAAAACCCUUUCUGUGGCUUUGCAUUGUCGCUGUCUCAGUAAAGUCCACGCUUAAGCAGCAACAUUUAUACGGCGAAAUCCGAAGCAUUAUCGCAAACAGCAUGGUGGUUCAACUUGAGAGGAGUGUUGAACUGCUUCAAGGGCUCCUGGUGUGUAUCGCAUGGGGCAACUUGCAAGUAAAGCGGCGACCGUUCUUAACUCUGUUUAUCCAACUUGCUACCACUAUCAUUUUCGAUCUUGGUUUGAACAAGGCACCACCCACCACAGCUGAAGGCAGUUCUGAGCUUAGGUUUCAUCAGCCAUGGGCACUCCAUGCUCGCACAUCCGAGGAGAGGCGAGCUGUUCUUGCUUGUUAUUUCUUGAGUUCAGUAGUUUUAGAGAAGGCCUAUUACUCACCAGCCGAUGGCCGCAACCGAGAUCGAAUGCAGUCAUCCAACAUACCACCAGCUUGGGUUGCUGGUGUGCUACGGAUGGACCUGGAUAAAAUAAGAGAUGAAACUGCUUCCUUAUCGCAGGACCCAGUUGUCCUAUGUCAUCUUCACUAUGCCACAUUUGCGAUCAACGAAUUUGCAGUUCCGGAUGCUUUUCCGAGGCCAUCAUUGACCUCACAAGAUGAAUUGACUGACUUACAUGCUUCAUUCAGAGCACUUGAGUCGUACUUUAAUGUGCUCUUUACCUAUCAACCACAUCAAUACACUGGCUUUUCAUUGGCCUCGAUAUACCAGGUGAUGCACACGGCUUUGUCUUUUCGCAAGGUCGCAAAGUGCCUUCCAUUAGAAGGCUACGGACUUAUUUCCUCCGAGACCGUGGUUUGCAAGGACGAAAAGAUUUGUCAAAAUUUGAGGCGUGUAGCAUCGGAAGCUGGAAUACACGAAGAUGGCCCGCCGACUGUUUUCACUAAACUUGCGUCCAUGUUGGAAGACCGGACGCGCGAUCGCGAGUCUAAUGAGAACGACCCUGCAAUGGCACCAUUUUAUGCGGAUGACAUUCUCAGCGGAGAGUUCCUGGACUUGAUAGGGCCUUUCAUGGAACAAGAACAAGUAUAG